AUGAAGAUUCUUUCAAAAGACGAAAAAAAUGCUCACAUGAACCAUGUGUUAUCAGAAGGAGCUAAAGGUUUAGUUUAUGGUGGUAUUGCCGCUGCUGGUAUAUAUUCAUUUUUCAAAUACAAGAGACCUGCAAGAUUUGCUACAUUCACUGCUAGUAUCAAAGCAGCCAUUAUUGCUGUUCCAACCAUUGGUGUCGCUGCUUUCUGGGCUGAUCAAGGUUCAUGGGAAUUUGACAAGAUGAUGCAUCAAUCAGAUUACGUACAACAACAAAUGUUGGAAGAACAUAGAAAAUUCAAUAGCUUAUCUACUUCAGAAAAGAUUUAUACAACAUUGGGUAACCACAAGUAUCAAAUUAUUAUUGCUGCUUGGGCUGCAUCACUUUAUGGUUCUUGGACCUUGAUCAACAGAGACAAAGUCAUGACAACUGCUCAAAAGGCUGUGCAGGCAAGAGUCUAUGCACAAGCAAUUACUGUUGUUUUGUUAUUGGGUACUAUCUUGUUGAGUUUGAAAGAAGCCGAAAUUAACAAGAACAAACCUGCACCACUUCCUCAUUGGAAACAAGUUUUGGAUGAAAGGGAUGCUGAAAAACAGGCCGCUGAUCACAAAGCGUCUGAAGAGAAACGCAUCGCUGGUGAAAAGAAGGAAACUUUAUAG